AUGCGUGCCUCCAUCUUCGUCUCCGCCGUGGCUUUUGCCCUUGCUUCCGCUCAGACUUCUUUCACGACCGAGACAAACUCUCUGGGCGUCGUUACCGGCAUGCCCCCGGUUGACACCUCGAUUGCCAACCAGCCCAACCCCGUCACCAACCAGCCUGCUGUUGUCACUUCUCAGCCCCUUCCCGCCAACAUUCCCGCCGUUGGCCCUGGUGUCUACACCCUGACCCUCGGCGGCACUGGCACUGGCUCCGCUGUCAACCAGACCCGCACCGUCACCGUCAGCGCAAACAACAGCACCACUGUCGUCCUGGCUCCUUCCACCACCGCCUCCGGCCCUGAUGCUACCGGCAGCGGCGCCUCCGGCUCCGGCUCUGGCGCAUCUCGCUCUGGCUCUGGCUCUGGCGCCGGUGCCUCUGCUACUGGCAGCGGCGGCCGCCCCGACUCCACUGGCGCUGCCUCCAACGUUAAGGUUGCUGCCGGUAGCCUUAUGGGCUUCGGUGCCUUCAUGGCCGCUUUCCUGUAAACGCUCUUCUCCAACCAGACGCGUUUGACGAUUUGUUUAUCAGUUCUGUUUCUUGGGGAGAGAGAGAUGUUUUGAUCAUGUUCGGAAGUAAUGCCCUUAAAGAUACCUUAGCAUGUCGUUUUCUUACCCCGAAAACGCUACUUGGCGCACCCCUCUUAGCACUGGCAUGUGCUUUUGCAUGGGAAAUUUUGGAAACCAGUUUUUUUGUAAUGUCUGUUAUUUGACGGUGGAGGGAAAAACAUCAUGAGGCAAUUGAAUGAGCCAUGUGGUAAAUCUUACGCCGCUUGGGGGGGUUUCGGUUCUUGAGAUUAUACUGUUGUCGUAUAGUUGGAGAGACAAACACCCAUUACCAAAAUCUUAAAAACAUUUGAAACAAUCCACUA